CUUGCUGUACAGUCCUCUGAAACCUUCUGUUGUGCAGCACCAAAGGGAGGAGGAGCCACCGGCACUAGCAUACACACUCACUCACACAGACCAACACUCUCCUGACAUCCCUCCUGCACAUCCACUGUAAGCACCAGUCAGCCAGCCAGGCCCGUUUGGAGCAGGGGAGCCCAGCUGUCUCGUCACCCAAGAUGGAUGUACUGAUGAAGGGGUUUUCCAUGGCCAAGGAGGGAGUGGUGGCCGCCGCAGAGAAGACCAAAGCAGGCAUGGAGGAGGCAGCCGCCAAGACCAAGGAAGGGGUGAUGUAUGUAGGCAAUAAGACAAAGGAGGGAGUUGUGUCAUCAGUAAACACAGUGGCCAACAGGACCGUGGACCAGACCAACAUCGUGGGAGACGCAGGGGUUGCCGGGACCAACGAGGUGUCACAGGCGGGUGGGGAGGGCGUAGAGAACGUCGCCGCAUCAACCGGGUUGAUCAACCAGGAGGAGCCUGUAUACGAGGGAGAAUAUGGAGGGAUGGAGCAGGGCGGCCAAGGAGGAGAGGGGUAUUAG